UAAUGACUUGGAAGUAAAGCAAUAAAUGUAAUAUAUGACAAGUAUAACGGAAUGGAGUAUUAAAGAUGAACAUUUGGCUCGGUUGGCAGUUGUGUUGGAGCUGCGUGUUAGCGGGCCUCCUUGCAACACCCGUCCUCUCGUCGCUGCUUGGACCACCCAGAGACAACAGAAUACAUCAUGUCAUCAGGGGACUCGUGGCGCAUCUAGACCGUUGUGAUGGACAGUUUCUAUGUGAGCGGAUGGGAGUGGGGCGGAACCGAAAGGGGCUUGCCCGUUGUGUGCCGCUAGACAAGGUCAGAGACGGACACUGCGACUGUCCGACAUGCUGCGAUGAAGUUUUCAAUACCCCGGGCAAAUUGUGCAAACAAAGCGAGUUUCGAUGCGCAGACGGCUCCUGUGUGCCACUUAACCGGAUGUGCGACGGCGUUCAUGACUGCCCCGGGUACGACGAGCUCAAGUGUGGUGGUGUGAAGGAGUGCCCGCGAAAAGGCUUCCGUUGCGUCAGCUCCCAUCAGUGUGUCCCAGCUUCGCGUGUGUGUGAUGGGAACCAGGACUGCACGUGCGGGGAAGAUGAACACUCUUGUGGCUGUGGUCACAUGGGCAAGUCUUUCCUGAUCGCUUUCACCCGGUGCCCUUGCCCCGAGGCGAUACCAGUGCUCUACAUCACGGCGGCUCAGACCACGACCGUCACCAUAACAAGCGCCCGCUUUACCCCGAUCACCCUGGGGGUUUCGAGGUCCACGCGGGUCAAUCUCCUUCAGAACGUGUUUCCAAUUGCCCCAGUCAUUGACGUCGUUAGUGAUAGUACCGUCCGUAUAACAGCGGAUGAGCCUAUCAGCGUGGUAGCGGUCGUCACGUGCGAGGAUACGAGUACGCUGAUGUUACAGGAAGUGGAGGGGACACUUAUAGUUCCGGAAGACUGCGCGUCCACCAAGUACUUGGUGGAGGCGGUGAGUUCCAAGUCCUCGACUAACUCGGACACUGAAGGUCAGGUUGUCAUAGCUGCGUAUGAGGACAAUACCUUGGUCGAAGUAACCCAACCAAACGGAAAUAAGACGAGCACUACUCUUCAGAAAUUUCAAAUGUUCUACGUUGAAGGUUCUAAUCUUUCCGGUUCAAUUAUAAAAGGAAACAAAAAGAUCGCAGUGUACAGUGGCAGUCAAGUCGUUAGAAUCCCGCUGGAUACGAGUCAAGUAUCUAAGGGGGUGAUAUUUGAGGCAUUGCCAUUCUCUUGGACGGGUGUAUGUGAUCGCGGCCUUGCGCCCGCGGCGAGUGCUGUUCUUCCGCAUCCUUGCCGCCACCAGCGGAACAGUGGUUUCAGUUUGGGACCAAGAAGGGAAAGAGAUAGAGAAAUUUACAAUGGAAAUGAGUGA